GGCGUGUCAGCUGUACGAACCAACUCAGUAUUUCGGUUCUGACACGUGCAGCCUAAUUAUGCCACGCUGAACAGCAGCAGGUAUAAAAGCCCUCCAGGGCUGAGUAGAAGAAACACAGGCUGCAGUUUGAAUGCUAGGCGUAAAUAAAACAAAAGCAAAAGACAACCAAGACUUCGCCAACUGAGAAACCAAACCUCUUGGAAGCAAUAGAUCCCGGGGCAGCAGAAAACACCGGCUCUUUUACCGACCACCUGUAACUCCAACCCUUCCAAAAAUGGCUGUUGUUCUGAAACCCUGGAGCGUCCUCGUGGCACUCGUCUUCUGCGUGCUGGUGUGUCUCGGCACCUUCGUGGAAGCCUACCCACCCAAACCGGAGAACCCCGGGGAGGACGCGGCGCCCGAGGAAAUGGCCAAAUACUACUCUGCUCUCAGACAUUACAUCAACCUCAUUACGAGACAGAGAUAUGGCAAGAGGUCCACCCCUGAGGGCGUGAUGGCGGAGCUGCUGUUCGGAGACGAGUCAGAGCACAGCCAGCGAUCACGAUCCGACGACUCAUACAUGUGGUGAUUCCCGGUCUGGUCCCCUCCGUCUCCGGCGUCCCACUCAUUGUGUCCGCUCUGCUUGAGGGAAGCCAUCUGGUAGAUCAAGCAGCAGCUCCCCGACGACCCCUGACCGUCACCGGACUGUGGCCUGUCACUCAAAGCAUGCAAUUUGUCUCUGUCCUCGCUCCUCUUCUCUCGUUCCAUCCUGCUUCUUGUCAUAUCAAGACAAUUGUACAUAAUUUAUUAUUAACAUAAUAGAAUAAAUUAAAAAGAAGUAAAUCUUGUCAUAAAUGCUAUAUCUUACAGAGAAUUUUCUUUUUGUUUGUAUUGGACAAAUGCUUAUGUGCAAUUAAAGUUUAAUGGAUGAUUCAUUUGA